UCAGUCCAUUACCGAUGACAACCAUCGAAAAAACCGAAUCCUCCAAAAAUCGCUUCGUAAUUUUCGCUGACUCCAUAUUCGUUUCACUUUAUUUGUGAUUAUUAAAAAUAUAAUAACUUUACUAGGAAAAUCCUCAAAAUGACUACCGGUUCUGUUCCAGCUGAAGGAGUAAGAGAAAAGGGUCUCUAUGAAUACCGUAAAAAACUACUCGAACACAAAGAAGUCGAAUCUAGGCUAAAAGAAAAACGUGAGGAAAUCAAGGAACUCACCAAGCAAUAUGAUAAAUCUGAAAAUGAUCUUAAGGCUUUACAGAGUGUUGGCCAAAUCGUGGGAGAAGUUUUGAAACAACUCACCGAGGAUAAAUUUAUUGUUAAGGCGACUAAUGGGCCACGCUAUGUGGUGGGUUGCCGUCGACAAUUGGACAAAACCAAAUUGAAGUCUGGUACUCGUGUGGCUCUCGACAUGACCACGUUGACAAUUAUGCGUUAUUUGCCCAGAGAAGUUGAUCCAUUGGUCUAUAAUAUGUCCCACGAAGAUCCUGGUGAGGUCACAUACUCGGCCAUUGGUGGUCUCUCAGAGCAAAUCCGUGAACUGCGUGAGGUGAUCGAGUUGCCGCUGCUCAAUCCUGAACUCUUCUUGCGUGUGGGUAUCACUCCACCCAAAGGUUGCUUGCUCUACGGACCUCCUGGAACAGGAAAAACACUCCUAGCCCGUGCUGUUGCCUCCCAGUUGGAUGCCAACUUCUUAAAGGUCGUCUCGAGUGCUAUUGUAGACAAAUACAUCGGCGAGAGUGCUCGUUUGAUUCGAGAAAUGUUCAACUACGCUCGCGACCACCAGCCCUGCAUUAUUUUCAUGGACGAAAUCGAUGCUAUUGGUGGUCGUCGUUUCUCCGAGGGUACUUCUGCGGAUCGAGAAAUCCAGAGAACACUCAUGGAAUUGCUUAAUCAAAUGGACGGUUUCGAUUCAUUGGGACAGGUGAAAAUGAUUAUGGCUACAAACCGACCAGAUACUUUAGAUCCUGCAUUAUUGCGUCCUGGACGUUUGGACAGAAAGAUCGAAAUUCCACUGCCCAAUGAACAAGCAAGAUUGGAAAUUCUCAAGAUUCACGCCUUACCAAUUGCCAAACAUGGAGAAAUUGAUUAUGAAGCAAUUGUUAAGCUCUCAGAUAACUUCAAUGGAGCUGAUUUGCGUAAUGUGUGUACUGAAGCUGGUCUUUUUGCAAUCAGAGCUGAACGUGAGUACGUCAUUCAAGAGGAUUUCAUGAAAGCGGUCCGGAAAGUGUCGGACAACAAAAAGCUGGAAAGCAAACUCGACUACAAACCAUUAUAAGUUAAAACUAAAAUAUCGAAGCUUGAAACAAAAAUCAUGAAUAAACAACAACACUUCGUGGA